GUUGUUAACGUACGUUCGCGAUUUGAGUCGAUGAUUUACAUAAUACUGACUGAAUUCCUUUGUAGAAUUGAUAUAAAUUUGAAAUAAAUAUGGUUUCUUCUUGCAAUAGUGUGUGUUAUUCUUUAGUUUACAAAACAACGCCUUCGAUGUCAGUUAGAAGCCGGUAGAAUGUGAUUACUGAUAGUGAUUGUUUUAGUUUAAAAACACUUCAUAAUAUGGCAAAUAUUUUACCAGUAGAUCCCAAAGUUUUCCCUUUAGAAAGUAUACCAUCAGUUUUGAAGAUAUUUAAGAAUGAACUUGAAAAACCUGACCCUGAUUUGGCUUUGUUAUCUAUCAUCGCUGGAGCCGUUGAAAAUUCAAUGACAUGUAACAAAAACAUUGCUUCUAAUGAAAAUGAUAUUUAUGAUGAACAGAAACUUCCUUCAUUGCAGUAUAACAUCCUUAAUGCUCUCUACACUAAGUUUCACAGUAUAAUCAAGGGUUCAAUUGAUGUAACCCAGUACAAAAGUAAGUAUGCCACAAGAGAACUUAUAAGAAAAGUGUCAGAUGUGAUUUGGAAUUCACUAACUCGAAGUUAUUAUAAAGAUAGAGCCCAUCUUCAAAGUUUAUACAGUUACAUGACAGGAAAUAAGCUUGAUUGCUUUGGAGUUGCAUUUGCUGUGGUUGCGGGUUGUCAAGUACUAGGAUUUAACGAUGUUCAUCUAGCUUUAUCCGAAGAUCAUGCCUGGGUUUUAUUUGGUGAAAACUCUCAAGAGACUGCUGAAGUAACAUGGCAUGGUAAAGGAAGUGAGGACAAGCGAGGCCAGAGUGUAGAGUCUGGUAUAAAUUCACGAUCCUGGCUCUAUGUUAAUGGUUACCCUAUAACAUGCAAUAGACAUAUGGAAGUUGCAGCUCUAGUAUCAUCGAUUAAUCCGUCUCUUACAGUUACUACAGAUUGUCUUGAAGUUUCUAUAUUUCAGCAAGAGCUUUUGUGGCUGCUAUAUGACAUGGGCUAUUUAGACAAAUAUCCAAUGGCCUUAGGUAAUCUUGCUGAGCUUGAAGAAUUGAAACCAACAGAUGGGCGUGUCCCUUGUUUUUCUCUUUUGCAACAAGGGAUACUUACAGCGAGGAAAUAUUAUAAUAAUAUGCAUGUUUAUCCUUAUACUUAUCAGGCUGGUUAUUUCUAUCGUCACAAUCUCUAUAAGCAAGCAUUUAAUUCAUGGGCAAAUGGUAGUGAUGUAAUCAAACAGUAUAACUAUUCUCGAGACGAUGAAGAAAUUUACAAAGAGGUUAUGGAGAUUGCAAACGAACUAAUACCACAUAUUAUGAAAGUUGUGAGUUCUGGCCAUAAUGCCCAUUCUCUACUUAAAGAUCCUGAAUGUUUUGCUGAUUUACUAAGGUUUUAUGAUGGUAUAUGUAUGUGGGAAGAAGGAAGCCAAACUCCUGUACUUCACAUUGGAUGGGCUAAACCGUUGGUCAACACUAUAUCGAAGUUUGAUUCGAGUGUUAGAAGUCAGGUUGUAAUAAUAAAUAAUGAAAACCACGACGAUUCAAUCAUUAAUAACAACAACGACUCUUGUAAAACUUUGGAAAAUUCUAAUAUCACAGAUAUUACAAUGGAUCCAAAGGAUUCGAUCAACCCCAAGAUUAAAGCACUUACAGCCGCUUGUGGCGAACGGCUUUUAAAUAGAGAUUUCCUUUUGCAAGGAGGUUGUGAGCCUUUUGUAGGUGAAGCCAGUACCUCCGUCGAGCUUAAAAUAGAAAUGAAGCCGAAACUUAUCUUGUACAGUCAGAAGAUGAAAGGUCUGAAGGACCUACUCCUGGCCGAGAAGUUGAAUACGCACGCCAUUUCUCUUCAGCUCACUGCGCAGAGCCAAGUGCAGUUUAAUAAAAAAGGCCAAGCGCCCAGGGAUGAUUCUACGGGCUCUAGAACGAAAAGAUCGAGAAGGGAAUAAUUAUUUGUAAAUGUAUCUGUUUUAUUUAUUUUAUGUUCGAUCCAUCUCAAAAGAUGAUCGUAGGAUAUAUUAAAUAGGGAAAUACUGAAUUUCUUUUUAUUACAGUAUUAUAUGAUGUUUUGUUAAUUAUUUUGGGAAAACAAAAAUCAAAUUUUUGUUUAUUAAUUUCUGUCUUAUUAAAAAUUUACAUUUUUUUGUUUAUUAUUAUAUAUUUUGUAGUUUAGGAGAAAUUUUGUCUUUUAAAACAGGGGUGGGCAGAUAUUUAUUCGUUAUGGGAAAGCCAUUCCAAUAGAAAAUCUAAUAAAUAUUCAAGUGCAUUCAGUAGUUCUGAUGUGUAUUUUUUAGACAUGGGUAUAUAGUCAACUGUUGAAAUUAUAAUGAUGAACAUAAUCAGAAUGUGUACUGAAAAAAGAAAUUUUUAACUACACAUCCUAACCAUUUUUCAUUCUUAAUAUUUAUUAAUGAUGUAGAGAUGGUUGACCGUUGAUAUGAUAUGAGAAGGAAUUAGUCGAGGAU